AUGUACGGCAGUACGGAGUUCCUCGGACACGUCAGCAACUUUCACAAUCCAGCAGCGGCAGGGGCGGACUUUAAGGCGGGCAAUCUCGGCGACCUGCUGCCCAAUGUGCAGAUGAAGAUCAUCGACCUGAAUGACUCUACUUGCAAUUUGCCCGCCAAUGAGACGGGCGAAAUCUGCUUUCGAGGGCCGCCGUGUUUUGUGGAGUACCUGAAGAAUGAAGAAGAGACUAAAGUAGCCAAAGAUAAGGAAGGCUGGUACCGAACUGGCGACGUUGGUUUCUACAACUCUGAUGGCUGCCUCUUUAUUACUGAUCGAAUUAAGGAGAUGAUCAAGUACAAGUUGUAUUCGGUUUUUCCGGCAUUUGUUGAAGAGUACAUUACCCGUUUGUCGGAGAUUGAAUCUGUUUGUGUGGUGGGCGUUCCUCACAAAACUGAAGGAUAUUACCCAAGAGCCUACGUGCUACUGAAGGAAAGUUGCUUACUGACAGAAGAACAACUUUUACAAAAUGUUAAAGAAAACCUCGGACCAGACAAAUGGCUCCGUGGAGGCGUGCGGUUUAUCAACAGCAUGCCACGCACUGCAGUUGGAAAAGUGGAUCGAAAACACUUUAAAGAUUUAGUCAAGUCAGAACUAAUUGAAGAAAUCAUUGAGUAA